AUGUUCGUGGUUUUCGUCCUUACUGUAUUUGUUGUAUUUGCCUCAGAGUCCACUGCUCAACAGGGCACUGUAACAUGCGGCUCGGUGCUUAAGCUGAUGAACACAGAUUACAAUGUACGACUUCAUUCACACGAAGUGCAGUAUGGUACUGGAAGUGGCCAACAGUCUGUGACUGCUGUGUCUGACGAUUUGGAUACCAAUAGCUUAUGGCAGGUUGUUGAGCGUAAUGGAAGUCCACAGUGUAGCCGAGGUAGAGUUAUAAAAUGUGGACAGAAAAUCAGACUUAUGCAUCUGUCAACACGGAGAAACCUCCACAGCCAUCAUUUUGAUUCCCCACUGUCUGCUAAUUUCGAAGUUUCAGCAUUCGGCAAUGAUGGAGUCGGAGAUGAAGGUGAUGAUUGGCAAGUUAUUUGCGAUGGCAGUUACUGGCGAAGAACGUCAAAAAUUCGUUUAAAACAUAACUCUACUGAUGGAUUAAAGCUAGGUGAACACGAGGAAUAAGAUGGAGUGUUUUGGCAGCCCAAGCUCUCAGCAGUUCGCCGUAUAUUGAUCAAGGAAAACACCCAUAAGGACAUUAGAAGAAAAGAGAACAUGAAUUUCAGCAAAGAUGUUGAUCUUUUCGGCGAUUUCAUUUUCAGAAGCAGCUGUACAAUCGCAUUUAAAUACAUAAUUUUUCAUAGAUAUAAUUCUUAUUCGAUUCCACAUAAUUACGAAGGUGAAAAUUAUUUCCAACUAGAUAUGGUUUACAAGAGCCCUAGAAACAAAAUUACACGGGAUUAUAGCGAAUUACAGGUGUAUAGAAAAUGAGCAUGGAAAGAAAUUGGAAUAAUAGUUUUACCUUGAAAUGGAAGUUAGGAGGGGUCAAUAUAUAUUACAAGAGCCUUAAAAACAAAAAUCACAGAUGGUCAGGAUAUAAUUGUAAAACAGUUAUUUUAAACGAAUUAUAAACGUGAGCAGGAAAAGCAUGGAAACAAACUUAAAAUAGCUGUUCUUAUAACUGAAAAAAUGG